UCAUCGUUCGACUUUAAAAAAGGAGGUCAACGGCUUUAUAAGCAAAGAGUAGUGUACGACUGUGCACGCGGUUAAAUGCUUCCUUCUGCAUAUGUGAAUAACACACGGGGCAGGCGAAGCAUGGAUGGGGGAAUUGUUUUUGUCCUCGUUCUGCUGUGUCUCUCUAGCGAGAACCCAGUGUCUGCGUCUCCUCAGGGUGCCCUGGAGAAACUGAUAGAGUGGCAUGGUAGCGGGGGAUCCCUCUCCCAGGAGGAGUUUAUCAGCCUGGGGAGAGGCGUACAGUCGGGACAGGCUGUCACAACGAACGGUGACCUCCUUGCAGGGAAGAAUGGCUCGUGUCCAUGCCAAACGUACUCUCAGAUUUUUGAGGAGGCGUCGACGGGAGGGGGCCGAAUUAACGCGUCCACACUGUCCGCGGUCUGUCCCCAGCUGCUGUUGAAAAUUCACUCAGAGGACUGUUGCCAUGGCAACACCAUAGUCCAAGAACACGCUGAGAAACCGCCCAUUGGCCAAGCGUGGGGCUAUGGUAUUGGAUUUGUCACUUUGGUUGUACUGAUCUCAAACAUCGGAGUCUUCUUGGGGCCGUGUAUGAAUACAAAGGCCUUCCGAAGAAUCCUCAUGUUCUGUGUCGCUUUAGCAGUUGGAACACUCGGAUCUACCGGGUUUUUAGUACUCAUUCCAGAGUCUAUGCAUCUUACAGGAAAAGACGGACCGAUUCCUGAUUAUAGCUGGAAAAUGGCCACAGUCAUUGGUGGGGCGUACUUCGUAUUCGUGGCCGAGCGCCUUCUGAAGUUUGUCCUUGAUAACCGCAAGAAAAAGAAAUCCGACAAUGAUUCCGUGGAAGUGAGCGAAGAAAACAGCAAAGAACUUCUGGCAGUGAAUUCAAACAACACCCACGGCCAUACUCACUCGCACCUGCCUGUCGGCCAGGGGAAGGGCAGCAAUGGAGACGUGGCCCCCGUGGCAUGGAUCUUGCUCAUUGGGGACGCCAUUCAUAACUUUGUAGACGGGUUGUCCAUCGGAGCAGCGUUCACAGAAAACACCUUUCUAGGGAUUAGUGUGUCCCUGGCUGUGCUGUGUGAAGAACUUCCUCAUGAAUUAGGAGACAUAGCCAUCCUCCUUCACGCCGGACUAUCCAUGAAGAGGGCGCUGUUUUAUAACUUUAUCGCGGCAGUUAUCUGUUACAUCGGCCUCGUUAUAGGAAUCAUAGUAGGGGAGGCCACCAGUGCCAACCAGUGGAUAUUUGGACUGGCGGGCGGAAUAUUCGUAUACAUUGCAUUAGCAGACAUGAUUCCUGAAAUGAAAGAACAAUUAGCUGAGGCGGAGAGGAGCGGAUCAGAAAAUAUGUUGCUAGUGUUCGUUAUACAGAAUUCGGGAAUAGUGAUUGGUUUCUUAAUCAUCCUAUGUCUUGUCCAGUAUGGGGGAGAAAUUCAAGUCUGAAUGGUGGAGAGAAAGAGAGAGAGAGAGAGAGAGAGAGAGAGAGAGAGAGAGAGAGAGAGAGAGAGAGAGAGAGAGAGAGAGAGACUGAGCCUGUAUAGAUAUGCUCAUAAUUUUCAUUUAUUUUGACAAUCAUAUACUUGUACGCUGUAUUUUGUACUUAUUGUGUUUUCAAAGUAUUACCAGCAUUUUUGUUAUUUGAAUAUACAUGUAAUAUAUAAUAUAACAUAACAGUACAUAUUUUAUAAAAAUAAAUGUCGGAGCUUCG